GGUUCGCGUCUUCGUUAUCUGCAACCUGCAACAUAUAGUGCACUUUCCCCGAGCGUAGGCAUCGCAGGCGCCUCCCGUUGCGCCCGUUACGGCUCCUGCUCCGCUCGCGAAUGCAUCGUCACUGAGCAACGACCGACCCCCCCGGCGGCGCCCGGAGAGCGUAGCGUACCAGCUUUCGCCACGCGUCCCAGAAUUACGUCGUGACGCGCGCUGACGACACGUCAAAAAAUGGCAGAUUCUGCGCCCAGCAAGGCCGACAUCGAGGACAUUUUCAAGAGGCUCCGGGCGGUCUCGACGAACAAGGCAUGCUUCGACUGCAACGCGAAGAAUCCAGCAUGGGCCAGCGUGACGUACGGCGUCUUCUUGUGCAUCGACUGCUCGGCGGUGCACCGUGGUCUAGGGGUGCAUCUCACCUUCGUCAGGUCCACCCAACUUGACACGAACUGGACGUGGCUGCAGCUGAGAAAUAUGCAGCUGGGUGGUAACGCCAAUGCUAGAAAGUUCUUCGCGCAGCACAACUGCACCACCAGCGACGCCCAGCAGAAGUACAACUCGCGCGCGGCUAUGCUGUACAGGGAGAAACUGGGCCAGGCGUCUGCGCAGGCGAUGCGUCGCUACGGCACAAAGGUUUCUCUGCCUACGUCAAAAAAUAAGACAAUGCUACAUGUGGAGGAUAGUAGUACAGAAAUUACGUCGGAAGAAGCGAACGAGCCGGAUUUCUUCAAACAGCACGAGAAUUUAGACUCGCUGCCAAACGAAAUGAUAAUUCCGACAGAAGAAAAGGCAUUCCUCACGUCUAGCACAGUGCCAAGUAAUGACAGCACGGAGAAGAGUGCACCGGAGGUCGCCUCUAAUUCCCUGGGACCUUCCGUAAAGCUUUUCGAUUCUACCUCAACCAAUCUGCAGCCUGAAAGGAAACCUACUAUAGGCUGCAGAACAGUUCAAUCCAAGCGUCCUGGCGGUCUAGGGAAAAAAACCGGAAGCUUAGGUGCUCAGAGGGUUAAAACAAAUUUCGAUGAGCUGGAGAAGAGCGUCGCAGAGGCGCACAAGCUGGCGCAGGAGAAGAAUAAAGAAGUUACGAAGGAGGAACAAGAGGAGCUCGCCACCCGUCUGGCCCAGCGGUACGAACAGAAUUUGAGCCAGCAGGCCAAGAAGAUGGAAGAGAGAGCGAAGCACUUGGAUCCGUUGAAAGCCACGCAAGCGGAACGUCUUGGAAUGGGAUUUAAUGCACGAAGUGGUGCGACUCACUCUGCACUUGGCGACAUGAAGACAAUAACACAGGAAUCGAAAGUCGUACCAACAGCAGAGGUGCUCACCGCAGAGACGGACACUUUCUUCACCUUAGACGAAUUUUACUGCGUUUACGCUAACAGCAAACCGUCCUCGCGUAACGAGGAAAUAACGAUCGUGGCGGAACCGGAACCGCCUAAACGAUUAGCCCCCUCCACUCGAAGCGUAAUGGCCAAGAGCGACGUGAAAGCUUCGUCUACCGCCGAAGGAGAGGCCCAGAAGAAGUUCGGUAGCGCCAAGGCUAUCAGUUCGGAUCAAUACUUCCAAGACAGCACUUCCGACAACGCGUGGGAACGUAAGAAUAAUCUACGUCGUUUCGAGGGCUCGUCCAGCAUCUCGUCGGCAGACUACUUUGGCACCGAAAGCCCAACCUCGCCCACAUCCUCGUUAUCCAUGCGCCUGGCGGCGGGAAGAGCCGGCGUCGUAGACCUCGACGACGUCCGAGAGAGCGUACGUCAAGGCGUGAACAAGGUCGCCGGCAGGCUCAGUUCGCUCGCGAACGCGGCGGUCUCCUCUAUACAGGAUCGUUAUGGACUCUAAAUGAAAUCUAUCGCAUUUUACGAGAACUGUUAUACUUAUCCGGACUCGGUCUUGUCCAUUGUUCAGAGUUGUAAAUAAAAGCUUCUAAUUGAG